AUGACGGGAAGGAAUGAUGUUGCUAUUGCUGCUACCUUGGAGGCAAUGGCUCAAGCUUUGGAGCAUCAGUCGAAUGGUGGUGAGAAUGCUACAUCUCGCAAUUUGGCUACCUUCCAGAGGGAGAAUCCACCUGUUUUCAAGGGUACCCAUGAUCCUGAUGGCGCAUUGACUUGGAUAAAGGAGAUUGAACGAAUCUUUCAUGUGAUGGAUUGCUCUCCAGAGCAGAAGGUUCGGUAUGGGACUCAUCAGUUAGUGGUUGAAGCUGAUGAUUGGUGGCUCGAGACUUGUGAGAGGGAGUUAUUGAGGAAGUAUUUUCCUGAAGAUGUCCGUGGCAAGAAAGAUAUUGAAUUUCUUGAGUUGAGGCAAGGGAACAAGUCGGUUGUGGAGUAUGCUGCUAAGUUUGGCGAGUUGGCUAAGUUUUACAAACACUAUGAUGGGCCAACUAGUGAAUUCUCAAAGUGCAUUAAGUUUGAGAAUGGAUUGCGUUCCUAG